UCCUUCUAUCUCGCCACCGUUUGUAAGAUUCAUCGCCCAUAUUGGAUUUGGAAAGUAUUAAGAGCCCACGAUAGCGAUUAGUGGAGAACUUCAUGUAACAGCUUUCGUUUAGGAUGCAUUAAUUAAACAGUUGUGACGUAUGCACAUAUUGACUUGUUACGUCACAGAAACGGUGUCUGCUGGGUGGGAGUGUCGAGAAAACCACGAUGUCGCAAAUAUCUGAAAAACCUAGUACCAUCCGAACCACGAUGUCACAAACAUCUCAAGAAGUUAGUAUCGUCCCACAAUCAAAAUCCAGUAUAUGGAAGGUUGCAUUGUCAGGUUUGAGUCAAACUUUCUCAACGCAACGUCGUGAGUCAACUCGCAUCAUCACAGACAUUGUGCACAGCCUCGACGACGUGAUCGAAUGUGAAGACAAUGUCCUGUCGCGUACCCUACGUUUGUUUGAAAAUGCUACACAUAUCAGCAGACGUUAUUUAAUCAUUGGCGCAUUUUUCUUCGCUGUCUGUUAUCUCUGCAUGGGACGUAGCGCAGGCGUGAUGUGUAACGUCCUGGGAACGAUCUAUCCAAUAUACGCGUCAAUCAAAGCUGCAGAGAACGGCCUUGAUCAAGAACAUUGGCUUUUCUACUGGAUUGUUUACAGUACAAUCACAAUCUUGGAGAUUGUUUUGGAAAUGUUCCUUGUUUGGCUUCCUAUGUAUUACAUGUUGAAGUUUCUUCUCCUCUGUUGGUGUAUGUCUACUGUUGGUGCCAACGGUUCAUAUGUCGUGUAUUUCAACAUCAUUCGGCCCUUGUUUCAUCAACAUAAUGACAAAGUGGAAUCAGCAUUUUCUGCUGUAACGCAACACUUGACACAAAAGCCGCAGCACCCACCAACGAAGCAAGAAUGAAGAAAAAUUAAACGAGACAGCAAGUGAACAUUUUCUUCAGCGGGAAAAUAAUAGCAGUCAAGAAAUGGCGCUCAUGUAAAUCUGUUUUUCAACAUCAGUCGCAAUAAAUAUCAAGCGGACUUAUUUUUCAAAUUUAUUCCUUCGACGAAAUAUUUCAUAUAUACUUCGUUAUACACUUCAAAAUGAUCGUCGUUUUUAAAUUUUACGGAUUACUUCAAAAUUAUCGUGUGAAUGUUUACAUAAGUUACCUGUUUAUGAGUCUUAAUCAGUCUUCAUCAAUCUUCUAGAUUAAGAUUAUUGUGUGAAUUUUUUCAUAGGAUACCUGUUUAUGAAUCUUAAUCUUAACAUUCCAGAUUGGAUAAAGUUUAUCAUGUGAAUAUAAACAUGUUUAUGAAUGAUUAUUACUUAAAAGAUAUCCUGGUACUGCAAACAGAGAUUCAUGACUACAAAAGACAGAACUAAUAAAACAUUAGAGGAUGUAAAACAUGA